CCUGGUCCAGUCUUCCCUCCGACCAUCCCGGUCCAGCCCUCCUCAUUGAGAUCCUGGUCCAGUCUUCCCUCCGACCAUCCCGGUCCAGCCCUCCUCAUUGCGAUCCUGGUCCAGUCUUCCCUCCGACCAUCCCGGUCCAGCCCUCCUCAUUGCGAUCCCGUUCCAUUCGACCUUCCCAUUCCCCGCUUCUCGCCCGUGCUGUCCCCCUCUCCACACUUCCUCCGUUUGCACCAUGAAUGGCUGUUGCGACGCGGGCCUGCCCCAAUCCACGGGCGAGGUAUGGGUGAAGAGGAAGGAGCCGCCGGGAGGCCUGUCGCUUCUGUCGGCGACGAAUCCCAUGGACAUCACCUAUUCCGGCGUCCACUACUGGGUCCGCGACGGACGGAGAGGGAUGAAGGAGAUCCUGAAGGGUCUGGACGGGCGGAUAAAGCCGGGGGAGCUGACGGCCAUCAUGGGACCCAGCGGGGCGGGGAAGAGCAGCCUCAUGAACGUCCUCGCCGGUUAUAGAGUGAAGGGGGUGACGGGGAAGGUGGAGGUGAACGGGCGCGAGCGGGACCUGCGCGUGUUUCGCCACCUGAGCACGUACAUCCCCCAGCAGGACCACGUGAUCCCCACCCUCACGGUCAUGGAGUCCAUGCUUGUCGCUGCCAGCCUCAAGCUCCCGAGCUCCGUGUCACAUAAAGACAAACUCACAGCUGUGGAAGAGAUUCUGAAGCAUCUGGGGAUCCAGCACUGCGCCGAGACAAAGGCCUGGCAUCUCUCGGGCGGGCAGAGGAAGCGGCUCUGCAUCGCCAUGGAGCUCGUCAAUAACCCCCCGGUCCUGUUCCUCGAUGAACCGACCAGCGGACUGGACAGUUCCACCUGCCUGCAGUGCGUGUCCCUGUUGAGGAUGCUGGCCCACGAGGGGCGAACCGUGAUCUGCACCAUCCACCACCCGAGCGCGAAGAUCCUGGAGAUGUUCGACCACCUGAUUCUCCUCACCGAGGGCCUGUGCCUCUACCACGGCACCAUCUCCUCGAUGGUGCCUUAUCUCCGGCGGUUCGGCCUCGACUGCCCGCCGUAUCACAACCCGGCGGAUUUCGUGAUGGAGGUGGCCGUCGGCGACAACGGGCGCGAGGCCAUGAACGCCUUGUUUGCCGCCGCCAAAGCGGAAGCCACCAUGCCUCCCGAGCUGGAGGGCCCCGCCCUCCAGACUCCCCUGCGCCUCGAGGGCGAGCCUCCGCCUUCCGCCGCUGCGUCUGGGGGGAAACCCCCUGGCGCAUGGGCAUCUCACCCAUGUGGGAUGUCUCUGACCCAAUGGUGGCAGCAGCAUCGAGGGAUGCGGAAAGGUUCGCCUCUCCCCUCGGCCCUGCCGUCGCACGAGUUUUCCCAUCUUGUUGUGGAAUCCGGGGGAGUUUCUCGAUAUCAUGGGUGUCAUCCUUGCCCAUUAUGCUUUACCAUCCCCAGUAAGGCCAUAAGCAAGUCCAAGAUCGAGAAGAUACCGUUUUUGGGCAGUCUUCUCCGAAACCUCGAAUCCGGUUCUCCGACAGGGCUGUGGACGAGAUUGAAGGGGUCCGUCGGCCGGACGGAGACGAAGCCGCAGCCCGCGGACGCCGCCGUGGCGGAGUACGCCGUGUCCUUCGCGAUGCAGGUCAAGUGCCUGUACCUGCGGUUCAACAAGACCAACUCCCGGGACCGGAUUCUCAUGCACAUUCGUUUGGGAGCUCACAUCUUGGUCGCUCUGUUCCUGGGGACCCUGUUCUCCAACCUGGGCGACUCCGCCAACAAUGUGUUCCGCAACGUCGGCUCUCUCUUCUUCAGCAUCCUCUUUGUCGUCUAUGGGUCCAUGAUGCCGACCGUGAUCACAUCCAUUGGAAUUCCCCGUGCUGCGGAAAGAGACGCUGAACAAGUGGUACUCCCUGAAGGCAUACCACGUGGCCAAGAUGCUCUCCGACAUCCCCUUCGCCGUGAGAGACCUCGCCCUCCCCCAUCCCCCUUUCGAGCCCUGCACCCGCUCAUCCCAAGCGUGAUGUGUCCGCAGGCCCUCUGCACUUUCGUGUACCUGGUGAUCUGCUACUUCAUGACCGCACAGCCGAUGGACGCCGACAGGUUCUUGAGGUAUCUCGCCCUCAGCGUGUACGUCGCGCUCGUCGCCCAGACCCUCGGAUUCAUGAUCGGGACGAUCUUCCCCAUCCAGGUAAUGAGGAUCAGCCUGAAGGAGGAUGUGGAUGAACUCUUUUAUCAGGCUCAAGCAGGGCUGACCACGAAGAAGCACCGGCUGUCGGCAGAAUCUUGCAUAAAUGGCCCGAUGAGUAUUGGGGAAGGCAGUCGCUUUCGAUUCUCAAUUGUCACGACCUUUUCCACAUUGCAGACGGCGGUCUUCCUGAGUCCUGUGAUCGCGCUGCCUUUCGUCCUGUUCUCGGGGUUCCUGCUGAGCGUGAAGUCGAUCCCAGGAUACCUGCGCUGGCUCUCCCACCUGUCUUUCCUCAAGUACUACUUCGAGGGGACGAUGUCCUGCAUCUACGGUUUCAACCGUCCGGACCUCCAGUGCAACGAGCCCUACUGCCACUUCAAGGACCCCGACCGGUUCCUGCGGGAGAUGGGCCUGGAGGAGUACGUCUACUGGAGGGACUUCUGGGUCCUGCUUCUCUACAACGUCAUCCUCCGCCUUCUGGCCUACUUCGUGCUCCGGUGGAGGCUCCAUCGCGCCCGA